GUCAGCAUCAGGUGUCUUCCUCUAUAUACUAUAUAUUUUUUUGAGAUAGUCUCUCACUGGACAUCGGGCUCAUCUUGACAAGACUAGGUAGUCAGAGAAUCCCAGGGCUCCUCCUGUCUCUGCCUCCUUAGCACUGGAAUUCUAGCUGUACCACUGUGCCUGGUUUCUCACAUGGGUGCCGGGGAUUUGAACUUGGGUCCUCAUGCUUACAAGUCAAGCACUUUACCAGCAGGCCGAUAUUCCUUGUCCUAUCUUGCUCUGUAGUGUUCUUUCUCUAUCCCAAAGCUUCCUCAUUCUCUAGCAAGCACAACUUCAGUGCUAGGGUACCACAGAAUUUGCCCUCCCCUCCCCACCACCAAGUGACCAGCAAGGUCCUGGGUUCUAGCUCAGGAAUUGUAUCCUUAGAGGUUUUUCAAAGAAGGGCCUGAGAUAGUUGCUUGCACCUUUGCUCAGAUCCAGAUUCCACACAGAUGAGCGUAUUAUCCAUUCCACACUUUAUUAAUUUACUGGUUCUGCACCCAUGCUUGUUGAUCUGUAUGCCUUAAAUAUAAAACUGAUUUAAGAUGCACUUGGAGAUGUGCACAGAUUCCUGACACUGGAGAAAACUGGUUAAUUUAGGUGAAGACCCCAUCCUUUCUCUCUUCUUUUUCCAAGCGCUGAUCAUUUAUCUGUUCCUCUUAAAGACUUACUUUGGCUGGACUCAGAAAUAGAAGCUGUCGGCGAGGACAGCCCACGUCUCUUGGCAAUCUGUUCCUGGUGUUUUUCUUUGAUUUCCUUCAUUCUCUUGGCCAAAAGUUUAGCACAUUCUGCAGCCUCCUCCUUGUUUUCCUUAGUGUGUUGUUACGUUGGUGUUUGUGUUUCAGGAUAUGUGGGUAACAAGAUGCCAGUCUGGGUGCUUUGGUGCUGAGUCUCUUAGGUUUAAGGGCUUCCUGACAACAUGUUAGUGGACACCAUCUUCUCUAGAGAGACCACUGUUGGCAGAUUAUUGCUAGCUCUUUUGGGCCCCAACAGUAGAAGCACUGUAGUCUCUCUCUCUCUCUCUCUCUCUCUCUCUCUCUCUCUCUCUCUCUCUCUCUAUCUCUCUUUUACAGGAACAUUCGGAUCUGACAACAGUGGCUGGGAAGACUGUUCAACUUCAUCUUAACAGACCCAUCAGCAGAAGAGGCGUCAAGAAAAAGAAUGGGGUUUCUUCUCUCCCUCCUCCUUCAGUUCUGCUGGGGAGGGGGGAAGAUUCAGGGUCCUACUUGGCCUAACUAAGCAUCUACCACUGAGCUGCACUCCAGUCCACCAUCACUAUUGUCGGUUGAUUCUCAGGAAGCAAUGAGGGGUUAAAGGCUCUAUUCCGUUCCUUGUCCUGGUCCCACCAGUUCCUGGCCCUUCUCAGCCUCUGUGGACCUCUGUCUUGCACGGUCUGAGAACUGAAAAGACCAUCAUGCAGGACUUCAUUUUUCCACGAGUGAUAAUUUCACCAGCAUCUGGCACAUAGUAUGAGCUCAUGCUUGUCGGAAUUAGUGUCUCUAUAGUGUAGAAACUGAGGUUCCGAAAAUGAGGAUGUCUCGGACGGCACUGUGAAAGCAUCAGCUCAGCUUCAGCACGCAGUAGAAGCUUUGGGGAAGGGGCAGAGAUGGUCAGGAGCUGCGGUUGAAGGUCCCCAAAACAGCACUGGAGGGAGGAGCCCAGGGCUGGGCUGUAUGCAAAUACCACACAAAGAGGCUUCGAGUUGGCCCUCUCGAGAGGGGCGGGGCGUGCCGUUGCUGGUGGCAGGUGCUCAGGGUUGCGCAGGGCAAAGAGGGCGCUCUGCAGGUUGAAGCGCUGUUCGCUGCGGCUCAUCUCGGGCGAUGCUCCUGCUCUGGGCCCUGCUGGCCCUCGGAUGCCUGCAGUGUGGCUGGACUGUGAACCUCCAGCCCCAACUGGCCAGCGUGACCUUUGCCACCAACAACCCCACCCUCACCACUGUGGCCUUGGAGAAACCUCUGUGCAUGUUCGAUAGCUCGGAGCCACUCAGCGGUACUUAUAACGUUUACCUCUAUGCCAUGAUCGACUCAGCCAGCUCCAGGAAUGUGUCUGUACAGAGCAACGCCGGAACUCCACUGAGCACCACCUCCCAGCAAACCCAGGGCGGGAGGUCGGGCCCCUACAGAGCUGCGGCCUUUGACCUGACCCCUUGCGGUGACUUGCCCAGCCUGGAUGCUGUUGGAGAUGUGACCCGGACCUCGGAGAUUCUGAAUGCAUACCUAGUCAGAGUGGGCGACAACGGGACCUGCCUUUGGGACCCCAACUUCCAGGGGCUCUGCAACCCACCCCUGUUGGCAGCUACUGAGUAUAGGUUCAAAUACGUCCUGGUCAACAUGUCCACAGGCUUGGUACAGGACGAGACUCUAUGGUCGGAUCCCAUCCGCACCAACCGGCCUAUCCCGUACUCAGUCAUCGACACGUGGCCGGGCCGGCGGAGCGGAGGCAUGAUUGUCAUCACUUCCAUUCUGGGCUCCCUACCUUUCUUCCUGCUCGUGGGCUUUGCUGGAGCCAUUGUCCUCAGCUUUGUGGACGUGGGCAGCUCUGAUGGGGAAACAACACAUGACUCACAGAUCACCCAGGAGGCUGUCCCCAAGACCCUGGGGACCUCUGAGCCUUCCUACGCGUCUGUGAACCGUGGCCCACCCCUAGACAGAGCCGAGGUGUUCACCAGCAAGCUCCAAGACUGAAACGAGUCCCAGUCCCAGGUGGCCUCCUCUCAACCUGGUUUUGCUGUCUGCAAUGAUGGUGUUUAUGCUCUUACUGGGCCAAGAUGAAACAAAGCUUGUUGGUCCAACUUCAUGAAAAUCCGUAAUAAAAUAUUCAGUGACAA